GUGAGAUUUUAUGUAUAUACUAUAUAAUUGCAUCUUGAAUAAGAGAUACUCCAAUAAAGGGAAGAAAAUGAGGAAAUCGAGCGUUGACAAAAAUGGAGUGAAGAAAGGAGCUUGGAGUGAAGAAGAAGACAACAAGCUAAAAUCUUAUGUUCUCAGAUAUGGCCACUGGAACUGGAGAUUGCUGCCUAAGUUUGCAGGUCUAGCUAGAUGUGGCAAGAGUUGCAGACUGCGAUGGGUCAACUACCUUAAACCAGGUCUUAAACGAGGUCGUUUCACCCAGGAAGAAGAAAUCCUUAUCGCUAAACUACACCGUCAGCUCGGCAACAAGUGGUCGGCGAUGGCGGCAAAGAUUCCGGGAAGAACAGACAAUGAGAUAAAAAAUUACUGCCACACACAUUUCAAGAAACACAGCAAAAAGGCUCCAUCUCCAUCUCAAUUAACUCCCUGCAAGAAUCUAGAAUCUUCGGAGGAUCUUCAGACAUCUGGUAAGCUGAUUCUGGAAUCUUCGGAGAGGUUGAAUUCUCCGAAUCCAAUGGCUGUGACGUGUGACUCGGAAGACUGUGCUUCAUCUUCACAAUCUGGUGGUGCAGAAGAAGUUGAGGAGGAGGUUGUUAUAGGAGAAAACUGCGAUAGCCGUACCGGAAUGGAUUUCAAUGAUGGAUUUCUGGAGAGUUUUUGGAAUCAGCCAUUUGUGGUCGACACUUCUUACAGUUAUAAUCACACCUACUCGCCAUUGAUGGAGCAAGAAGCUGCAAUUUACCGUUUCACAUAAUUGUCUACUGAUGCAGGUUACUACUAUAUUGUUAUUCUAUGUACUCACUAAUAAGCUACCAAUCAUGUAAACAUAAUAUUUCAAGAUUAUUGUGAAAAUAUUAAUUGUUUUAUUA